UCGGAGGGAGGUGGCGGCGGUGACUUAAUGGCGGUGACGCGGGAUUCCUCGCAGGGCCUGGCUGGAGCGGAGUCCCGGGUUCCCGCCUUGGGGCGCCGGCCGCCGAGGGCCGGGUUGAGUAGCAGGGGCCUGGGGGUGGGGCAGCUCUGUUCCCGGCCGCAGGAACUAUUUCUGUCCGGCGCUUUCCCUGGGGGUUCACAUCCGCCAGGCACUCCCGGAAAGAGGGGCCCCUACUCAGCGGGUGACCGGUGCGCGGGCCGUGGGGUUGGAUCUGUGUCCGGAACCAGCCUCCCCAGAAGGCCUGGGACCUCAGAGCAGGCCCAGGGAAACGCCUGCGGGGCGUGGGGCUUCCACACUCCUCAGCUCCGUGCGGACCCUCCUGGGAACUUCCGUCCACCUGUCUUAGGAGGAGGAGCCGUCCCUGCCAGCCAGGAUGGGCGAGUUCAGCGAGAAGAAGUCAACAUGCGGCACUGUCUGCCUCAAGUACCUGCUUUUCACUUUCAACUGCUGCUUCUGGGAGCCCUGACCUGUGUGCACUGCCCACAGCUGGCUGGUCUGGCUGUCAUGGCGGUGGGCAUCUGGACGCUGGCCCUGAAGAGUGACUACAUCAGUCUGCUGGCCUCGGGCACCUACCUGGCCACGGCCUACAUCCUGGUGGUGGCUGGCGUUGUUGUCAUGGUGACAGGUGUCCUGGGCUGCUGUGCCACCUUCAAGGAACGGCGGAACCUGCUGCGCCUGUACUUCAUCCUGCUCCUCAUCAUCUUUCUGCUGGAGAUCAUUGCUGGGAUCCUCGCCUACGUCUAUUACCAGCAGCUGAACGCAGAGCUCAAGGAGAACCUGAAGGACACCAUGACCAAGCGGUACCACCAGCCGGGCCAUGAGGGUGUGACCAGCGCCGUGGACAAGCUGCAGCAGGAGUUCCACUGCUGUGGCAGCAACAACUCCCAGGACUGGCGAGACAGUGAGUGGAUCCGCUCCGGGGAGGCGGGCGGCCGCGUGGUCCCUGACAGCUGCUGCAAGACAGUGGUGGCCCACUGCGGGCAGCGGGACCACGCCUCCAAUAUCUACAAAGUGGAGGGCGGCUGCAUCACCAAGCUGGAGACCUUCAUCCAGGAGCACCUGAGGGUCAUCGGGGCCGUGGGCAUCGGCAUUGCCUGCGUGCAGGUGUUCGGCAUGAUCUUCACGUGCUGCCUGUACAAGAGCCUGAAGCUGGAGCACUACUGACCCACCGGCAGCUGGCCUUUGUGCGCAUGCGCGUCCGCAGCACUACUGACCCCACCCACAGCUGGCCUUUGUGCACAUGCGUGCUACGGCUUCUCACCAACUGACUACUGAACUGAUACUACUGACCGCCCGGGAGCUGGGGUCCCAGGACGCCUCUCCCUCCCCUCCCCCUUUUGCCAUGGAGGUUGUGUUCUCAUGCCUGUGCCCCCCACCACUGUGCCAUCACUGUGACCUCUGGGGACCCAUACCCCCAGAGGGAGAUUCAAGUGCCUUUUGCUGCACACCAAAGUCCUGAGGUCCCAGGCAGGGUCCCUCCUACAGUGCGGAAGGGGCGGCACUUCUGCCUCUGUGGGUGGGGCUGGUGGGGGGUCCUGGUCUGGAAGGUGGUGUGGGGGUAUUAGGUUCUGACAAUAAAGUGCCCCCUCCCACAGGCCACCUUCUCUGGGGGGCGGGUUCAUGGGGCCCCAGGGUGCUCCCUGACACCUGUGCUUAGUUGGGCUGGUUUGGAAGCGAGAUGGGCAAAAGUGGGCUGGCCCACCAUAGGGUGCUCCCAGCCUCCUGGACACACUCCACACGGUGGUCAGGGGCAGGCCUGGGAGGGGCAUUGCUGGGUGGGGUAGAUUUGGGGGGAGGCCUGGCAGUUGCAGGUGUCAGCCACCUACCCCCCUGGGGAAAGCUAAGCAAGGGAGCCCAGUCCCCUGGGUCCUGUGCCUCUGCUGAUCCCCCUGCUUCUGGCCACCCUGCUCCACUGAGGCCCUGCCCUGUUGUCCCACUGCUCUCACCGCCAUCUAAAAGCUGUGUUCAGUUAUGUCCCCUUCUUGAGGGCAAGCGUUUUGUGGAUUUUACUCACUGCUGUAUUACAAAUGCCUAGAAUAGCUCCUUCCACAUAAUAGGUGCUCAAUAAACGUUUGUGGAACAAA